AUGGGAACAAUUAUUGAUGAUAAAAUUGAAUCAGGACUUUGUCAUAUUGGUGAUCAAUGUAUAAUUAUGCCCAAUCGAACACGUAUUGAAAUUAGGAACAUUUAUUGUAAUAAUAUUGAUGCUGAUUCUGCUAACUAUGGCGAAGAUAUUGGUAUACUUGAACAUGAAUUAACAAUGAGGCCAGGUUAUUCAGCUAUUCUUCACAUUCAUGUCGCAGUUGCGACAGUUCAAUUAAAGAAGAUAUUUAAAUUAAUUAAUCACAAAACUGGUGAAAUAAUUGAAGAAAAUUCAAGAUUUAUAAAACGAGAUCAAGUAGCUAUAGCAAUAUUUAAACUAUCACAAGUUGAUCAAGUCAUUUGUAUGAAACCAUUUAAAUGUUAUCCUCAACUUGGUCGAUUUACACUGCAUCGUGAAGGCUACACAAUUGUUGUUGGAAAAUUUCUUCAGUUCAUCAGAUAA